AGCAGCAUCUCCUGUGCAACAGCUCUUGAGUCACCCCACUUCCCUGUGCCUCAGUUUCCCUAAUCUGCAGAUGGGGCAAUUGUGGCACCGGGAUGGCGUGACUGGUCCUGCGGUGAGUCAUUCCUAAAGGGAACGGUAGCCGAAACUGUGCCGGGAGCCUUGCUGCUCCUGUUGUCUUCCUAAGCGCUCCUGUCCCGCUGUCCCCCGCAGCAGAAGCUGUAUGGCACAGGCCUUGUGGUCACAACCAGGAGGUUGUUGGUGGCUGCCCGGUCCUGUUCCUGCUGCCCUCCUGGGGUGUCCCAGUAGCUCGAUGGGGUUCAGGUGCUGAGGUUUCCCUGCGUUCAUAGGUGGUGACUCAGCACAAGUGUGCUGGCAGGUCCCGAGCUCAGCAAGCAGGUCUGGCUCCAUCCCUCCCUCCCACAGCUGAUUACCCGUGAUGCACGCAUCCUCCUGAAGCCAGGGGCUUGUCUGGACCUGACACCAUGCUGGCAGUGCAGGGAGCGUGCCGUGAGGGCUGUGCAGUGCCCUGGCCCAGGGUGUUGGUGGCUUCCUCCUCCUGCGCUCACUGCCACAACCCCUGGUGGCUGACCAGGGCUGGGGGAUGCCCUGGGGCUCCUUGCCCCGCAAGCGGAUAUGGGAUGUAGCUGUGCUGCCAGCAUGAGCUGGGCUGAUCCUAGUCCUUCCCUGUUUUCCUGCCUGCAGCUGUGGAGAGUUGAACUGAGCAGUAGACUAGGGCUGAUGUCCCCUUGAGGGGUGGCUAGUGUUUUGGGAUUGGGCUCAGUGUCCCUGGGCCAGCAUCCAGCCUUGGGGUCUGCCCCAAGUAGGUACAAAAGUCUAGGUGUCUCUAGGCAGGGUGGCAGUGGCUUGGGAUGUUGUGCCCUCCCUUCAGGCCUGGGCAUGGGACCAUGGGACACAGGUGUCAUGGAUCCACCAAGCUCAAUCACUUGUCCUUUCCACAGCUGCCUCCACCCACUGAGUGCCCCACUUUCUGUGAGGUGCCUGUGUGGGGUGACCAUGCUGGGACACCAGUGAGCUGUGUUGGGUUUCUCACUCCUGGGACCCCUGGUACCUAAGGGCAAGGGUCUGAUGGUGAGGGGUGGCUGAAGUAAAACUGCUGCCUCUUCCCCAGAGACUUGUUCAAAAUGUCACAUGGAGGGAGAGGGAAAGGUGUGGGCUGUUUGAAUUAGCGAUGAGUCAGGCUGGCAAAGCCAGAUGGGGAGAGUGCGUGCCUGCGUGUUUGUGUGCGUAUAAGUAAUCUCUGGCUUUGUGUUUUUAUUAUGAUUAUUAUUUUUAUUUCCAGGGGAACGAUGAAUUUCUCCAACCAUCCUGUCCCACUGGAAAGGCUGGCUCUGCUGUCCUGUCCUCCCUAAGCAUCCUGGGAGCCGGACUGACGGUCCGCGGCUGUUUUGAGGUUCGGCUCUGAGAUCAGAGCACAAACCAGUUCUUCCUUGCCUUUCAUCAUCGCUGCACUAGGGCGGGAGCGAGGUCCGGCUCUGCUGCCGCUACCUUACAUGGAGGUGAGCACAGGGGAAGGUGCCUUGGCUCCUUCUCCAGGCAGAGCUGCUCCGUGUUCACUUCCCAAGGCCUGGGGCAGGGCACUCCUUCGGGCACACGAUGGAGCAUGGCGGUCGCAUGGACUGGCAUGGCUGGGAACCUCACCUGGGGGAGGAGGAGCGGCUGUAGUGGAAAAGGCAAUUAUGGUUAAUUUGUUGUUAAUAAAAAACACCCUCUUCCAAUCGCCUGGGCCAAGGCGUGCUCCCCGCUGGGGGAGAGAGCCCAGUCCUGUCCUCAGCAAAACCUGCCCUGCAAAGUGACGAGGACAGCAAGAAAACACCAUCAGCAACAUGGAGGAAGGGAGGGCUGGCGUGUAAUCCCUGCCUACGGUACGUUUGCCCAUGGUCAGCUGAAAGCCCUUUGCCUGGCCAUACCUCCCCUUCCUUUCUCCCCCUGGUCACCUCCUUGGUUGACCAUGGGAGCCAUGGUGGUGGGUGAUGCAGAGGUCUCUAAUCCCCUCCUGCAAACCUUAAGGUGCAGCACCAUGGUUUUGGGGUGCAGCCGAACCGGCACAGUGAGGCAUGGAGAAACACCUCCCAGCAGUGAGGUGAGUCACGGCCGCAGCAGGCCUGGCACCAUGUAGUCACCUGCCAGCAGGAGCAGGGCCCCCGGGGGUUUCGUAGGUGGAGGAGGGUGAAGGAGUAGCUUGGGUGGGUUUCUAAGCUCUGUGUAUGGCACAGCUUGUGGGGAUCCCCCAUGCUACAGCCAACAGGUCCAACAGUGGUGGUCCAGGGUUGCAGAGAUGUGGGGAGAAGGGGGGUGUAGGCCUGGGAGGGUUCCUUGCGCAGGGCUUUACCCUGGGGUUACUGUGGUCCAUAGGGACAACAUGGUGCUGAAGGUGGGAUGCAGCCUGGGUGCUCCAGGGUGGGAGGGAUGCUUUGGGGGUGCUUGGAGGGCUGGACACAGACCUUUCCUCACCACAACACAAGGUGAGAUCUUGGCUCUCUACAGCCAAGGUGUCCCUGCUGAAGGAUGCUCACAGGGCUGGCAUCCCCAUUCCCAAUGGGGCAGUGGUAAGUGUCUGAUCCCUGCCAUGAAGGGAAGGUCCAGCAGCCUGCCUCCGCUGCUUGGGGUGGGCCAGGCGCCGUGAUAACGGGGCUGUGGCUGUCACCGCACCUUUAGGAAACAUUUGGCUUCAGGCACCUGAACCCACGGGGAAGCGAUAACUCUCCGGCUCACUCGCCCUGCCUGGACCCACACCUGCUGCUAUUGUGCCUUAGUCACACACCGAGCGUUUUUCCACUGCUGGGCCCCAGAUAACCUCCUCCCACCCCACUGGCCACAGUGUUUGCACUUGUCCUCCUCCGCUGGUGCCAGGCUGGGAGACACUCAUGCCUUGAGCCCUGGGCUGGAGGCACGCACACCUCUGGCCUGGGGCCACCUUUGGCUACGCCUGGCAGCUGUGACAUGGGCAAAGGGCAUGAGGUGCAUCCUUCCCUGGGGUGGAAGGGGCCAGCACUGCUGUCCUGCCAUGGCUGAAUGUGGAGGGAUAUCCCUUCCCGAGCUGCUGAGCAGCAGUGGGAACACCCAAGUUUGGCACCCUGUGCCUGCAGGAUGGCAGGAGGUGGGUGAUGGGUUGCAGGACAACAAUGCUGGCUGCUGCUGUCCCCUUACCUGGGAUGCAAAGGACUGGGCUUCCCAGCAUUGCUGGCUUUCGCUGACCUGCUGCAUUCCCUGGGUUCUCCCUGUGCUCUGUCAAGGCAGGACCCCAGUGCUUGGGGGAGGUACAGGCCAUGGCAUGUGUCCCCAUGCAGGACUCUCUGACCAGAGUCUCCAGCUGUGCCCCUUUGCCCCUUGAAGGCUCUGCAAACAGCCACUGCUGCCCAGAAACAACAUCUCUGUGUCCCUUUGAAGGCAGUGUUAAUUGCUCCACUGCUGAUCAGAGCCGGAGGGAACGGACAGGACGGGGGCAGAGAAGGCCACUGAGCAGCAGGAGAGAUGGCGACGGGCGCAGACGUGCGGGACAUCCUGGAGCUGGGUGGUGUGGAGUCAGAGAACACGGGCACCAUCAACAAAAAGGAUAUCAUCAACUCGGAUAAGAAAAAAUCCAAGAAAUCUUCAGAGACAUUGACGUUUAAGAGGCCGGAAGGAAUGCACAGAGAAGUUUAUGCACUCCUCUACUCUGACAAAAAGGAUGCACCUCCGCUGCUGCCAAGUGAUACAACUCAGGGUUAUCGAACAGUCAAAGCAAAACUGGGAUCCAAGAAAGUCCGGCCUUGGAAGUGGAUGCCUUUCACCAACCCAGCAAGAAAAGAUGGAGCAAUGUUCUACCACUGGAGGAGAGCAGCAGAGGAAGGAAAGGACUACCCUUUUGCCAGGUUCAAUAAAGCAGUGCAGGUACCUGUCUACUCAGAGCAGGAAUACCAGAUGUAUCUCCAUGAUGAUGCGUGGACCAAAGCUGAGACAGACCACCUCUUUGACCUGGCUCGGCGUUUCGAUCUGCGCUUCGUAGUGAUUCACGACCGCUACGAUCACCAGCAGUUCAAGAAAAGAUCAGUGGAGGACCUGAAGGAACGAUACUAUCACAUCUGUGCCAAGCUGGCUAAUAUUCGUGCGGCUCCAGGCACAGACCUGAAAAUCCCAGUCUUUGAUGCUGGCCAUGAGAGGCGAAGGAAAGAACAACUGGAAAGGCUGUACAAUAGGACACCAGAGCAGGUGGCAGAAGAAGAAUACCUCAUCCAGGAGCUCCGCAAAAUCGAAACCAGGAAGAAAGAGAGGGAGAAGAGAACUCAAGACCUCCAGAAGCUCAUCACAGCUGCUGACACCACCACUGAGCAGAGGCGAGCCGAGCGUAAGGCUCCCAAGAAGAAGCUGCCACAGAAGAAGGAGACAGAAAAGCCUGCUGUUCCUGAGACUGCUGGCAUCAAGUUUCCUGACUUCAAAUCUGCAGGUGUCACACUACGAAGCCAGAGGAUGAAACUGCCAAGCUCGGUGGGACAGAAGAAGAUUAAAGCCCUGGAGCAGAUGCUGAUGGAACUCGGAGUAGAUCUCAACCCGAUGCCCACAGAGGAGAUUGUGCAGAUGUUCAACGAGCUGCGGAGCGACCUGGUGCUGCUGUAUGAGCUGAAGCAAGCCUUUGCCAACUGCGAAUAUGAGCUGCAGAUGUUACGGCACCGCUAUGAGGCCCUGGCCAAAGCUGGUAGUAUUGGCCCCCUCACUGCAGAAGGCGCCCAUCCAGAUGGCCAGGCGGGGCUCGGCAUCGAGGAGGUCAAGGGAGAUACCAAGGACCAGAUCAUUGAUGUAGUAGGAGCACCCCUGACCCCCAACUCGGUGAGAAGGAAGGUUGUGGGGGCAGAACAGGGAGCACUCAGGUCUCCGACGCAGAUGCCCUGACAAGCGCUGGGGAUGCUGCCCUGCUCUCCCUCCAGGCAUGCGCGUCCAAGGGAGCACAGCACGCCUGUUUACCCCAAGUCCCAGUGCUGCUCUCUGGGCUCGUCUCCUGUGCUGGACAGUGUUCUUGGUGCUACAGGUGGGGUUGGCAGGGCUUUCUACAUCCUGCAUGCAGGCAGAUGGCUUGACGUGGGUGCCACCGUGGACCAAAGCAGCAAGGCUUUGGGUGACGAGAGCUUGCCCUAGGGCAGCAGCAGUGAUUCCAUUACAGCUGCAGGCCUGAGGCAUUUUCCUUCUAGACACAGCUCCAUAAGGGUUUCUCAGAGGGAAGUGAGUGGGGAAAGCAGUCUUGAAAUGAUGAGCCAUGACUUGCCCAAGUAUCUGGCAUCAAGCAGUAGUUCUGCCUGAAGCAGGAGGCUUGGGAAGGAGAGAGGUGUUUGAAGAGCAAAGGGGUGUUUUUAUACCCUGCUUCCAGUGCUGUGAAAGGAAAGCCAGACCCUAGGGGUUCUUCCACUGCGAGCCCCGUGACAGUGUCCUGUGCAUGUACCUCUGCAGGAUGUGAAUUACCAGCCUCUCCUCCCUGCCUCCAUGAGGGCAGGCUGCCCAACCCCUCACCACUGCCUCAGGGCCAAGGGUAUGCCGGGGAUCAGCUGAGGUUGCUUUCCCCUCUGUGCAGUCCCCUGGCACAGCUGAGCUGAACUGCCUGACAAAAGCUGCCCGUCUUCACACAGUGGCAUCCCCGACGCCUCAGAUAUACUGCCCCUGGUAGUGGCACAGACCUUUACUUUCUAAACUGUAUAAUGUAUUGCAGGAUAUUGAGAACACCUAAUCGGCAGAGGUGACACCUUAGUCUGGACUUGAGUAAUGUCCUGUUUGAUUGUGACAAUAUGGAGUCAUAAGGAAGCGUUCCACUGAGACAGGUUCAUGUUUGCAAAGGAGUCUUCUGAAUUUUUUUCUCCCCCUUACUGCUUUCAGUCUGAAAUCUUACCCCUUCCUGCGGUCCCGAGUGUCCUGGGUUGAAAACUUUUCGGGCUGAUUCACAGCACACUUGCUCUCCCUUGAGACGUUGCUUGUUGGGAAGCUGGAAGAGGUGGUGGUGGUGGCCAUGGCUGCAGGAGGAGGGAGCCCACGUGUGUUUUUGACCACAUUGAUUCUCAGUGCCACCUUCUGGAAUUGGAAACAAAGGGGUGGGCCCAGGCAGCACAGAGAGGGUUAAACUGACCUGGUCUCUGACAUAUUUGAAAGAAAUAUAAUCAAGUUAAUUCACUGCAAGGCAAAUUCAGUACCUAAAGGGCCCCCAUGUUAAAUACAGCACUGACCUUUACCGGCUGAUUACACAAAGACGACACAAUUAGAUUAGUCCAAGACAAAAGGUCAAGCACAUUCACACUGUGACCAUUUUAUGCUACCUUUUGAGGGGGGGAAAAAUUACAUCCCAGCUGGAGGGGUGUCUUGGAGAGAAGUGGAAUGGGGCCGCUGUACCAUGUUCUGCCUGGCUCAGGUAUGUUUGGAGAGUCAAGCAGGGCCUGGCACUGUGCUUGCCCUGAACCCAGCCAAUGUGGCAGUGAGAGAGACAAGCAGCCUGUGACCCACAACCAGCUUUUCCAAGGAUGGGCUGACCUGAGUGGAGGCCAUGUGUUGACGAUGCUCCCUGCCCUGCCCACAUCCAGCAGGAGCCUUCCCAGUGCCUCUCACUUAGCAUCACGGCUAAAAUUGGUCUCUGGAAGGUAAAUGGCUUGGGGUCAGCUUUGAGAAGAGCUGGGGUAGGUGCUGGCUGGUGAGGUGUGUGGAUGUGUGUCCUGGGUUUGGGGUUAUCCCUGCAUGAGGUAGGUGACACCUUGCCCUUCCUCUCACCAGGUUUAACCCUGCCACGCCAGCCUUGAGCUCCCCAGUUCAAGCGUGUUGCUUUGCCACUGAGCUGCUGGGGGCACUUGGGGGAAUCAUUUAAUCUCCCUGCUUCAAAUUCCUCUGGGUUGGAGAAGCCCUUUGUGCUGUCUAGCACUGCCCAUCCGUGGCACUCCACAUGUUGGAUUAAGCAUGGAUUAGUUUAGCCUCCAAACCAGCUGCUCCCCUGAAGCCAGAUUUGCUUCCCUAGAGAGAAGUAUCUUGCUCCAGAUGUUGGAGGGAGUGAGUGGCAAAGCCGGGAAUAGGACUAAGGAGUCCUGACUCCUGAGCCCUGCCUGGCAUGCCUGGAUUCCUUCCUAGGAAUUGGAACAGAUGGGCAAAGGCACAAUGGGGUGUUGAGAUACUGUUUGUGGCAACAUCUGGCUGCCUCCAUCCCCCUUGUCCAGCAGUGGGGAUGGAGGCAUCUCAGAAGGGAGUUAGGGGUGGUCCUGGCAGUGAGACCCUGCGGGGCAAUGGGAAGCUGGUUACCGGUCUACCUCACCGUGUCCACUGCAUCCCGGCUGCCCUGGCUGCCUGUCCACCCUCCCCGAGGCACUGCGCUCCCGUUGCUGACCAUUAAAGCCGAGCUGGGAUCCCCCCAGUGCCGUCUGCCGCUGACCCUGGUAGGGGCUUUACUCGGGGCCUUUGGGAGGUGAAAGGUGAGCCGAACUCAGAACAAAUUAGUUCCAAGCAGAAGUUCAGCCAGUUACUCCAGAUUGGAUCCUUUGAUUUCCGCAACUCAGACUCCACUCAGUGAUCUGUAAUGAGUGACUCUCAGAAAUCCUCACAUUGCAGCACUUUGUUCCUGAGCUCACAAGUCAGCCCAUUAAUGGGUAAAGGAAAGGACCUUGAGUCUAAGAAGUCUCGGGUUCAGAGUCAGAAUUAUUUGACUUUUAAGCUUCCUUUAUCUGAACUCCUGCUGACUUCUUGUUUUCUGAGCCUGUUUGAAAGCUAGAAGUUACAUUGUUAAGAUCAAACAUUCUCUCUUUCCAGAUGGAGUUACAAUAUCUGUCUUUUAUAUAUAUAUUUUAAUAUAUAUAGUGUAUAUAUACCAGGGUGUAUAUAUAGACCUCUCCUUUUUUUUUUAAUCGUUCUUUCCAUUAAAAGAAACUAGACUUGUAAGCUCUUGUAAAUUAUAAUGUAAAACAUUUUUUUUAACCAGACAGUUCCCAAUUUUGCCCAAGGCAACUGGAAUAGCUGCGCCACAGAAGGCAAUAGGAAGGUGAUUAAUAUGAAUUUGUGACAUAUUUGAAAGAUGGGUCUUUUGCCAUAUAAAGAUUAUCAAACACA